ACGCUGCUUGCCCAUUCUGCAACAAGGUGAAAGCAUUCCUUGAUUACUAUGACAUUUCAUACAAAAUUGUGGAGGUUAACCCGAUCAGCAAAAAGGAAAUUAAGUGGUCGGAUUACAAGAAGGUGCCUAUCUUGAUGGUUGACGGCAAGCAGAUGGUGGAUUCAUCAGAUAUAAUUGAUAAGUUGUCUGAAAAGGUUCAUCCACAUCUUGGUGACAAGUCUACUUCAGACAAAGAUGAAGAGAACAAGUGGCGCAAGUGGGUGGAUAAUCACUUGGUGCACAUUUUAUCCCCAAAUAUAUAUAGAAGUGCUUCUGAAGCUUUGGAAUCAUUUAACUACAUCACCACUCAAGGUAAUUUCAGCUUUUAUGAGAGAGCAGUUGCAAAGUAUGCGGGGGCUGCAGCAAUGUAUUUUGUAUCGAAGAAUUUAAAGAAAAAAUAUAACAUAACUGAUGAGCGUGCAUCAUUGUAUGAAGCCGCUGAAACAUGGGUUGAUGCUUUAAAUGGUCGAGAUUUUCUAGGCGGAACUAAACCAAACUUGGCUGAUCUUGCUGUGUUCGGUGUGCUGAGACCUAUCCGCUACUUGAGAUCGGGUAAAGACAUGGUGCAGAACACACGCAUUGGUGAUUGGUACACUAGGAUGGAAACUGCAGUUGGCCAACCUUCAACGGUUCAUGCAUAGCUAGCUUGAGGCGCUCUUAACAUGUCUGAACUUUAUGCCUCUUCUUUCCGGAGAAGGAAAUUCACUUUGCGAUGGCGGAGCUUCAACACUGGUAAUAACAGAGCCUCAGCUUCAGAGUGUGACCACACAGGGAAAUCUCAGGCCAUUAGCGAACGACGAACAGACUUCAGGGACGACGUACCCAUCUGCGACCAAACGAAGUCAAACUACCCAGAGAUUUGAUGCCGGUGGAACUGGACGGCAAUCUGCAACUACACACUCCCAGCAACUAAGAUUUGAUUAUGGGAUCAAGAAACGAUCAACCAACAACCACUAAUUCAUUGAUCAUAUGGAUUUCAGAUUUUGGGCUCCUUUAUACUAUCGUAUAAUGUUUUAUAUGAAGUAUAUAUUACUGAAUUUUAUACUUGAACUGUUCUUUUAAAUGUGUUUGAAUCUACUUCCUUUUAGAAUUAAUGUGUCCAUACCAUGUCGUUUUAAAUGUGCAUAGCAGCAUAGCCUUUGAAUGAUUUUAACAUGAUUAUAAAUUAAUUGUAUGUCUUGUUUAAGGAUUGACUAUUCAACCAAGCAAUUAUACAUGAGUUAUUAUUACUAUGUA